UACAGCCCUGAAAGAUACAACUUGCGUCAUUGGGCCCUCGCUGGCGAUCGGAUCACCAACAAUUUAACAACCUUAAAGUGAAACACUUCUAGUCAAAAGGAAUAUGACAACGUCUGUGCAGGGGAAAUCUGCGCUUGUCACUGGCGGUGGCUCAGGUAUCAACUUGUGCUUUGUCCGUAUACUCCUAGACAAUGGAUGUUCGGUCCUCGUUGCCGAUCUCAAAUUACGGCCCGAAGCUCAACAACUCCUGAAGCAAUAUCCGUUCCCUGGCGUUGACGGCAAAGCUGGGGUCUUGUUUCAAGAAACCAACGUUGCAUCUUGGCCACAGUUGACGGCCGCUUGGAAGAAGGCCUUGGAGAAGUUCACAACUGUCGAUAUUGUUGUUCCAGGAGCCGGUUUGUUCGAGCCUCAAUGGUCCUCCUUCUGGGAACCACCCAGAACUGAGAGUAACGAGGAUAGUGUGUCUCGAGAUGAUGCCAAUGCGGAACCUGGACACUAUGCAGUCUUGGAUGUGAACUUGGUAUCUCCCAUUCGGCUCAGUCAACUGGCUAUCGGGCAUUGGACAAAGACGAAGCAGAAGGGAUGCAUUGUACAUGUUGGCAGUAUGGCAGGCUACUUAGCUGGCAUAGCAACACCCUUGUACUUUGCGAGUAAGCAUGGCUUGCAUGGGUUUGUGAGAGCAUUGGGGGGAUUGCGUGAUGAACUCGGUAUUCGAGUCGGCUGUAUUGCUCCCGGUGCAGUAGAGACUCCUCUGUGGCAUGAAGAUCCAACCAAAGCAGUCAUGCUAGACGAGGAUACAGUUCUGAUAGACCCUCUAGAAGUGGCUCGAGGCAUGUGGCAACUUGUCGUCAACCCAGAGCAUGGCAAUGGCACCAUCCUCGAAGUGACUAAGGGGGAAACGAGAGUUGUGCCACUCUUCAAUGCACCAGUUCCGACAGGUGAAGGCAUUAUGGUACCUGGGUAUGAAGCUUCUAAGGACGCUCUGUAUGCGAAGCUAAAAAAAGAGGGCUUGAAUGUAUGAGUGACGAUGUAUCACCGAAGUCCUCAUCUCCCAGACUGCCGUCACAUUGUUGGAUGGGCAUGAAUUGGAUACCUCAUAAAAAACUCUGCACAGCCUCAGAUACGCAGCAGAAUAUUUAUAGAUACAGUGACGUUCACCGACGCACUUGUACGUCCUGAUCUGUGCUUCAGAUUACGACACAAGCAAGCCACAGGCGGAUCCAUCACAGAUCUCUAGUCAGCCUUCCCUGCGCAUGGAUCAGAUCAAGGACCGUGAAUAUUAAGGAUCUGGGUUCAAUUCUUCAUUAGCCUCAUAUCCAAUAACAAGAGGGAGACUUCCCUCUAGUAACGGAGCUUUGGCCAAUAUCUUGGCAUGUUGUCUCCAAAAACUCUCCUCGUUUUCUCUCAAAACAGAAUCACCUAUCUGUACAAAUUCCUCUUUAUAAAUAGAUGUGUAAAAUCCAAAAGGGCAUCCGCAGCGUGCUCCUUUCUGUCACCUCCCAAGAAAUUUUGAAAAAAAAUAGCCUUGUAACUCUCACAAAGAAAUAAUAAUCUGAGAUGAUUCUCCGCAUAGUAGUAGCAGGGGCCGUUCAGGUGAUGGUGGCAAGUAAUAAAUGACAAAUAGUGACAUGAAACCCGUAAGAUGACCAUGAUACACUGCAUUGUAGUAUCAUAGCGCAUAGCAUAGACAACUAAAGCAAUGCCAAACAAGAAGAAAACAAAUCCAUAAUUCGCACACCGGAUAAGUGAGCUCGCGAAACGAGUUGGGUAUCUUGAUGAGCUGCCUUCACCAUACUGCACUGCUCUUGAUUCCUUCUCCCCCCAUUUUCCCCUGCUCCACUGCAGACACCCUUUCCCCCAAGACAUGGGCUGAAAACAUCCUUCUCGCUGCGCAGAAAACGGCUACGAUAAAAGAGACGCGUUUUCAAAAGUGGUUGGACCGGCACAUGUUAUGCUGCUGCUGCUACUUCUGGCUCGAUCGAUAAUAAUAAAAAAUAGGUGUAAUGUGUUGUCUUGUCUCAAUUUCCGGUCUUUGAAUAUGUAAAUAGUUGAAAAGGAAAAACGGGGUGGCUGUCCAGCCAUUAUUGGCGAGUCGAGCACGGCAGGCGCAUUUGGCUCUAGGUGUCGCAUGAAACGUCGAUCUACUUGAUGUUCUUGAAAAGAUCAGAACCCAAGCUUCCGUUGUCCUUUUCGAGAUCGGUCAAUUCGGGUAUCAUGGGAGGCGGGGGGCCGGAUUGCUUCUUGGGUGUCGGUGCACGAGGACCUUCCUCCAUAAACAUGGUACUGGCUCGUUUGUUGGGGAUCGUCUCUCCGGUCCUCAUGCGUCUGAACCAGCCGCUGGUUCUCCUAGACUUGCGCUCGUCGAGGUAGCUUGCACCGCCCUGGCUGCUCGGCCGGGCAAGGCCGCCGGCGCCGGCGGCUGGGACACUUCCGUUCGAUGAUAUCUGGCCCUCUGCAUAAGUGUUAUUCAACAUGGUUCUACUGAAUAGGCGACGGAUGCUGCCUUGGCGGCUUGAAGCAGCUGGGCUCAAAGGAGCAUCCUCGUCGGCGUAGCGUUUGGUUCCAGCGAGAUUACCAUUAGAAGAAGCAGUAAUGCUUGGCUGAGGUGUGUUCUUGUUGACGUCCUCGGUGACACUGCUGUAUGUAUCCUGUCCUGGUUCCUUCUUGGAUUCGUCCUUGACGUCUUUGGCGGGUGGCGGUGUCUGUGGAGGAGUUGGAACCUUCUGAACAGGUGAUUCCGGAGGCGGUGGGAUAUUGGUGCCGUCUGUGAUACUACCAAAGUUGAGGUUGAGAGCGGGCAGCUGGAAUCGCGAACCUCCGCCGCUCUUGCCAAAAAGAGACGACAUAAUGGAAAAAUAAAUCGGUGAUUCGUGCACGAUACGAUACGAGGCGGAUCGGACGGAGAAUGGAAGAAGGCAGGUCGAUUCGAUGGCGAGGGCCCGAAUUCGGAAAGGGGUAUUCAGCAAAAGAAGGAUAGGCGAAGCGAGGGCCAAGGAGCUCAAAAAGAGAAUUGAAAUGGCAAUCAAAACUCUCAAUGAAGCUGUAAUUGAUGACUGGGAUCCAGCAAGCGGGUUUAGAUGACGAAGCUGAGUCUCAAACUCCCCGCAAGAACAGGGCGAAGAGAAAGGAGAGUUCUAGUCAACGGCUUUGACCUGACCAGGAUGAAGAGGUACCGCAGAAUAACGAGGCAAGGUACAGACGCAUCCAGCACAGCACAGUGCUGUAGCGUAGCGUAAGGUAAGGUAAGGUAAGGUAGAGGUGGAAAAUUGGAGCAAGGGUCUGGUGGCUUGUGGUUGACUGCAAGUUGCAGGGAUCCAACACGCGGCGUGGCGUGACGCUUUUGGUAACAAGGACGAUGAUCCCAGACGUGGGGAGCAAUUGAGGCGAUGAGUAGUUGAUGUAGAGAUAUUAUGAGGCUGUAGAUGUUGUAGGAUAGAAGAGAGGAGAAAUUGAAUGGAGAGGAGAGAGGGAGGAGUAUGUGUU